AUGUCUAAGCCAAAGUGGGAUUUCAGAGACAUCUCUAAAGGGCUUAAAAUUUUUCGUGAUAUCUUGUUAGGUCGAAAACACAAUCUUCACGGACGAUUUCCUCCUCUUAUGUCCCCGAGGUCUGUACCUACGCCAGAAAUACCUCGUGGCCCGGAUAACCAGUAUUCCAAGCAGUAUUAUUAUAAACGAAGCGCAAUAAAUUCUGUGUUUCCACCAAUAGUGGCACCUGUAGCGGAAGGUCCGCCCAUGAACCAAGAUCCAACAAAGAAAGCACAGCCCGGUGGGAUCAAGCCAGAUUCGGUGUGUUUCCAUUGCGCUCCGACCCCUGGUCCGCCUUGGUCGUGGGACGGUCACCACUACUAUGAAUGCCUACCGGAUCCGCCAUCACCGCCAUCACCGCCAUCUCCGUGUCCACAGAAUUGUCCUGAUGACAAAUAG